AUGGCAUCUACCCCGCCUCAAAUACGGCAAGAACGGCCAGAGUCGCCUGAUUCGGAUCUGAGCACCGCUUCUCCAGCCGGCAGCGAGCACAACCGCAGCUCUUACUUUGGCGGGGACGACUCUUUUGACCACAACAUCCAGUCACCUCAGUCGCCUCGGUCACCUCAAUCACCUCGAUCACCUCGAUCGCCUCAGUCGCCUCAAUCACCUCGAUCACCUCAGUCGCCUCAGUCGCCUCAGCUCCUUUCGCCUCUUCAACCAGUGCGCUCAACGCCCAUCGUCCCUAUCAUGGACAACAACAGCAACACAAGCGGCGGCCCAGACAGCGACGAUGACGACCUGGCCAACAGCCCCAGUGACCACGGCAAUAACGCAGAGCCGACAGUCACCCAGUUCCAACAGGAUCAACAAAACCGCUCCUCCUCCCCCCCCUUCCUCCCUGCCACAGUUUUCCAAGGCAGCAACAACAAUCACAACUCACAGCGCCCCCAGGUCAAGACUCCUGAGCCGCGCAACAACACCACCACUCCCACCAACGAACCGAUUACCAUCACCAGCCAGAACAGUAGCAACCAAGGUAACCACAACCACAGCCUUUAUCAGACCCUCAACCCAAUCAAAACCUCCAUCAACCCAACCCCUCGGAACAUUCUCGCCGCGCACACUCUUUCGUCGCCCAGCACUCCAGGCACUCUACCCAACUUUGACUGGGACGACUUCGUCACGCGCUACACCGAGUCCCUCUCAGCCGCCGACGCCCAAGAGCAAGAACUCCUUGAAGAAUUCCAGCAGCUGGUCCAGUACUUCAACGUGUGGGCUUCAUCUUCUUCGGCUCACGACACGGACCGCGCCGUCAAGCGUCUGCAGACGCGCGAGCGGUACGUGCGCCUUUCGGAACAGAAUCUGGCGCAGAGGAGAAAGCAUUUGACAGAGGUGGUGAGGGCUUUUCAGAGCGCGCUGGCGCUGUUGAGUCAAUCUUCUUGA